AUGCCUGGAGGAAAAUUGCAGAAUCAACGAUAUCGGGUGGCAUUCAUCCUGUGUCUAGCCAAUGCUUUAUGCUAUGCUUGCCGAAUGAAUAUCGGGAUUGCCCUUCCCCACUUUGUUCCCGACAAUGGGGAUCGAGGUAUUGUUCUAUCGGCAUUCUUUUAUGGCUACAUAUGUACUCAGGUUCCAGCUGGCUACUUUGCCAAGCGAGUUGGCGUCAAGCAAGUCUUGGCCACUGGUGUUUUGGUGUGGACCUUUUGUGACUUUUUCACCAUAUUAACCUAUCCAUCUUUGUUCUUAUUGAGUUUGGUUCGAGCUGGAAUGGGAUGUGGUGAGGGUGUCACUAUGACUAGCCUGCAUAUCUUUGCUUCUUAUUGGUUUCCCGCAAAUGAACGAGCUACCCUUGUAGCCAUGGUCACCAGUGGUUCAGAUUUGGGAAAUAUUUUGGCACUAUUGAUUUCUCCUUGGCUUAUUCAGAUGACCGAUGGCCGAUGGCAAGUUAUUUAUAUUGUCUUUUCGAUCCUCUCCAUGGUAUGGCUUGUAUUUUUCAUGAGACAUGUCACGAGCAAUCCGCAAGAGCAUUCAUUAGUUUCCAAGCUGGAACUGGACUUGAUUCAACUUGGAUCAGCGGGGCUGCCAAUAAUCGAGGAGACGUACUCAUCCUCGUCAUCACAGGGCAAAAUCAAGAAAGCUACCAUGCCUUGGCGUAUUCUCUUGACCAGCCGCCAUCUUUGGGUCAUUUAUGCUUCACAUUUUGCAGCAAACUACAGUUGGUAUAUCCUCUUGUGCUGGCUGCCUACCUACUUGACGGAAGCCUUGGGGUGGAACCUGUCGGAACAUCCAGGACUGACGGUUGCUCCUUAUGUGUGUGGAUAUCUUGGCCUCCUUCUAUCCGGCCGGUUGUCAGAUUUCCUCAUUACAGAACGGAAGAUUCCAACUUUGUAUGUUCGAAAAAUGAUGCAUAGCAUUGGAAGCUUCUUGCCUGCCGCUUUUCUUUACGUGUUACCAUACACUCCUCCGUCGGCUUCUAUCACUGCCAUUGGACUAUUGUCGGGAUGUUUGUUCUUUGGCAGGGCUUGCACUUCUGGUUUUUGGAUCAAUAUGAUUGACGUUGGUGGACCCGAUCAUGCCGGAUCCAUCAUGAGCAUCUCCAAUUCAAUUGGAACGCUUCCCGGCAUUUUGGGAAACGUGGUGACCGGGUACUUGUUGCAGCAGCAGCAGCAGCAAGGGACCAGUGGGAAGGAAUCGAGUUGGAUCCCCGUCUUCCAUUUGGCGUCUGCUGUGUCGGCAAUUGGUGGCGUUAUUUUUCUGUUCGGUGCCACUGAUCGCAAUGUAUUCGAUACUGUUCAGUUAAGAAAGCACAAGGAUGAUGACGAAGGCGUAGAAUUCGACCGAGAUCCACUUCUAUUGGAAUCUUGA